AUGGCUGCUGCUCAUGGCGCAGAGGCCGAGCCAGCUGCUCCUGAUGCAUCCGACAUUGCGCCAGCCCAUGCACCGUUUCAACUAGGCGAUGAGGAGAUGCACAUCUCGCCGCAUCCACCCAAGAGACCGCGAGACGAUGCACGGUCGCCAAGCAUGAGUCUAGACCACGACGAGCCAACGCCGAAGCGAUCACGGCUGGACAACGCACGUGGUGACCGGCGGUCCAGGUCGCCACUGCCGGCAAGUCCUGUGGGGGGCAAACUACAUCGCGAGCGCAGCCGCAGCCGCAGCCGCAGCCGCAGCCGCAGUUGCAAUCAGAGAAACGCGCGGAUCCCGGAGACGCGGCGCUCACGACGAGACUCGACGCCUCCUUUCAAGCGCCGGCGCUCGUCUGGCGCCAGCAGCGGUCCAAUCCCUGAACCCGAGCCCCGUGAUGUGCGCCGCAAGGCCGAAAUAUCACAAGAGGAGCGGAAGCGUGGCCAGAGGCUGUUUGGCGGCCUCUUCAGUGGACUUGGCCAGCCGGCAGCUGCAAGAGCACGGCCGAGGCCGUCGUCUUUGCCGGACCGUGGGCAGCUAGAGAACACGACCGGCCGACGGCAGGCCCGCCCAGAGCCGACUGACGAGGACCGCAAACGACAAGCUGAGCGUCUGGCGAAGCUCGAGCGCAUUCGAAAGAUUGAGCAGGUCAAGUUUGACGAGAAAAAGAUGCAUACGGUGCAUGCCAACGAGCUAUUGAUGGCACGGAGCUUGCGCACGAAGUCCCAGCCGCCAUUGUACUACCGCCCCUGGAAGCUCACGCAAAAGCAGGAGGAGACGAUCGAGUCUCAAGUGCGCGCUACAAAGAGCCGCAUUGCCCAGCAAAAGAAAGAUUUUCAAAAGGAGAAGCAGCGUCGGCUGGCUGAUUUGGGCGUGCGGUACACCCCGAAAGACGGCCCUGAUGAGGCGGCCAGGUCUCAUGCGCCUGAACCAAACUUGGCUCAAUCGGAAGACCCUGCACAAGAAGGCAUCGACAUGCCGCCUGCGCAACACCAAGAGUCGCAGCAAGAUCCGGAUGCCAUGGUUGAUGAGCCAGUUCGAAGCACAGACGCUGAGCCACAAGCACCCGUCGUUCCAUCCGGAGAGAUUUAUGCUGGCCACGAUCUGCGCGAUGAUAAAGACAAGGGCAUUAUGGUGGAGCACGAUGAAGACACGGUGAUUUACUAG